AAUUAUAAGGAGGUCAAUAUAAUUGACAUUAACAAUUACAUGAUUUGUCUAGGUCGUCGAGCAGCGAGAGGAGAUGACGGUGUUGGUGAUAAAUGUAUCGCGUCACUUAUUGAUGUGAAAUUUGAUUUUUUUAUAACCGAAAAUCGUCUCCACCAUACUGCAAUCGCAAAAAAUAUUCCGCAAAUGGCAAUCUUCAGUUGUCAAAAAUCCAACGUUACACUUCAAACAAUUGAAUUUAAAUUGGCGACAGAUAAAUGAUGUAAACAAAUCAAACACUGACAUACAUAUUAUAUGUAAUCACACAUGA